UGUACCUUUUGUUCAUUUUUGGUUGUAUGUAAAUGUAGUCAAAUCUGGUGACGCAAAUUAUGAUUCAUUUGAUAUGAUUUUAUAAAUCUACUGCAAAACAAUUGCCAUAUAUUGUUGAGCACACUUUACCAAAGCUUAAACAAAACACUUAUUUGAUGCUAAAACCAAACUUACCGAAGUCGGGAAAGAGAAACCUUGUCGAGUAAUCAAAUUUGAAUGGAUUGUCCGAUUUGUCUACACGAACUUACGGAUCCUCGAGUUUUGGCUUGCGGACAUUCGUAUUGUGGUCCUUCAAAGUCAUGUUUAAACACGCUCAAAAAGUCUAAGACAAUCUUGAGGUGUGCUCUUUGCGAGGUGGAUCAUAAAGUUCAGAUAUCAGAUCUGAAGCCGUUGUAUGGAAUCAGAGACACUCUGGAAAAGCAAGCUGAAGAAAAACGAAUUCUGGAGGAACAAGUGAGAGAAUUUGAAAAGCAAAAACGCAUGUGUUUCAAACCACCUAAAUGUGUCCAUCAAAACACUAGCUGCGCUUCGAGUAGUGAUGAUAUUUCAUAUUGGUGCAAAGACUGUAAAAUUGGAAUCUGCGACGAAUGCCUAGAGACUCUGCACGACCGUCAUUCGGUUUCAAACUUCAAAAGACAUUUGCAGACGCAAGUGAAGAGCAAACUGGGAGAGAACUAUGAGUCGAGACUGGAGAAUUAUCUUGCUUCAGGUUGGGUUGCAUACACUCAAAUGCAGUCUAACAUUGAGGCACUAUCUGAGCAAAAAACAACUCGCGAAUCACAACUUGACAGACUGAACGAGUGUCUGAAAUCAAACGAAAUCUUGAAAGAGAAGGUAACAUGCAUUGCUCAAUUUGCGUCGGGUGAAUCCGAUUGCCCCUAUGAAGACAUUCAAUUAUUUUUGUCCUGCUUUCUUAAGACGAAACCGAAAGAUAUUCAACCUAAAAUCAAAAUUAAAGAAACACAAACAAGUAGCAUCAAAACUAAAAAUAAAGAAAUUCAAACCACAAUUGAAAAAUUUCAAAAACAGAUGGAAGCACCAAAAACCAAAGAAAUUCAAGAAGAAAAUAAAAAAAAAAUCCUGGUUGUGCAAUUAUCAGGUAUUAAAAAUCGUCCAUCUAAAAGCACUGAAAUUUUAUGGGCCGCUGAAGUUAUUGAAUUCUACGAUCGAAUUUUCAAAAUAGGGGGAGUAGUUGAGAAAAAAAACAAAGCUGGAUCAGCAGAUCGGCUCCAAAUCAAAAUCAAGCAGCAAAAUUGCACCCAAGACGAGACUUGCAGUUUCUUGGUAAUGACCGAAAUUUUGAAUCUGUCGCCGAGACCUCGGAUUAAUAUUCGUCAAAUCACUGAAAUGAAUGCACCGAUUGUAGAUGGAGUAGGUAUUGUUUGGGCUAGGUUGUGCGAUACAAAGGGAACAAAUAAGGAUAACGAGUUCGAUGUGUUUUUUGACGACGACCUCAAUUUGAAUGUAUUUAUCAGCAUUCAGAAAACUUAAAAGCUUGGAAGAGUCAAUCAGAGCAAGCUCAUAAUGACAAUUUAUACUUUUCUUUAACUAGUUCGUGAAAAUUAAAAGGCAAGCUUUGAAACAAACGUGAGUUUUGACUUAGUUACAGCUGGAGCUGGAGGUACUUGAUUUGUUCCGAGAUGGUAUUUGGUCAAACUCAGAAGCUUUUAUGUGGAAGACUUGACAAGACUUAAAAACUUAAGUAAAUUUAUGCAGGUUCUCUCAUACAUUUUCCUCUCUAGUUACACGCCGAUCAAAGUAUGUGAGACUAGGAAAACUC